ACAGUGCCCUCAUCUCACUGCUUUGUGGUCUCAGCACCUAGCACAGGAUCCUCCUUCCUUCUGCAGCAGCAGCAGCAGCACGCAGUCCGGGCACAGGAUUCUCCCCAGUCCGGGUGGGAUCUUCUCCUCUCCACUAGUUCUGCAGGUCUCGUAACUAGCAGGCAUUUGUCUGAAAAAAGCAGUACUCCUCGUCGGCCAGUAACUCCUAUCACAUCUGAUGAUGAUGACGCUGCGGAAGCAGGUCCAUCAAAAGAAGUAUGGAGCAGCAGAAGUGGCACUUCUGUAAGACAUCACCACAAAAAACCUGUGCCCGAAAAGAAAGCAAGGUCGUAUGUCCCGGCACAAACACAGCAGGCUACCCCGCCACGAAGAUUAUCGUCCGUAUGUUCUGUACUCCCACUCCAAAUUUUGGACACACCUCCAAGACGUCAUCCACACUCCCCUCAUCUUGAUUCUUCGAGUCCUGGGAACAGCAUCCCUCCACAACAACACCAACACAGUGACAUGGAGGAGACAAACAUCUUAGAAAUGCAGCCAUUAAUGCAAGGAAUGAGCCCCCCAGCACCUGUGAGUACACCACCACAGCAAAGCACACCACCACCACAACACAGCCCAACAACACCAGGAACACAAGGCCCUGAUCAGGUGUUUUGGACUAUUUGGGCUAGACAGCAGGCCACUAAUGAAGAUUGCCUGCGUAAGCAGAUACAAAUGUUUGCAAGCCUACCAUCUCACCUCAGAAGAAUAUCAAGAAAUCUGAGUAGACAAAAUGAGCAAACAACUAGAAUAGGCAAUACCAUGGAACUCAUGCGUACAGACAUUACACAGGUCAUGGACAACUUACAGCACAUAAUGGAAGAACAGCACAGACAACAGCAAAGUUAUAUGAGCAUUUUUCAAAACAAUCAAAAGAUUAAUGAAAGUUUAUUCCGAAUAGUAGACAAUCAAAAUGCUGCUACACGUGAACUCAAUGCCACCCUCACUAACCUGAAUGAAACACUCAGAUGCAUGCACCAACAGCAAACAAGCAGCAGUUCUGGUACGACUACUCCAAAUAUCACGCCAGUCUCAUCACCACCAAGAUGGUCCACCAGAGCACGACAACAUGACAGUGCUAAAGGCAAAGGGCAGGACAAGCAGCCACCCAAAAAAAGUGAAAAAAAAACAAGUUAGACAUUUGUGAUAAGUAACUCAAAAUAGUUAGCAAGUGUUUUUGUUGUUUAAAAAAUAUAACACUUAGCUCCUUGACCCUUUUUUCAACAUCAUUAAUUAUAAGUGGGUCAAAAAAAUAAAAAAAUUUAGUACGCACAUUUAUUCAUUAACAUUUUUUUUGGUAUUGGAGGAGGGAAAUGUUGAUGGAGCCACACAUACAUGUUAGCAGGAAGUAAACUGACCACUUGAUUUUUUUCUAAUCAUUACUCUUUCUAGAUUCCAAUCAUUCUCUUUGCCUGCAGAUACAAUAAUUGCCAGCCAGGCAGAAUGUCUUUAGCAGGAAGUAAACUGACCACUUGAUUUUUUUUAUAAUCAUUACUCUUUCUAGAUUCCAAUCAUUCUCUUUGCCUGCAGACAAUCCAAAUUACAAUGUUAGUGAUACAUAUCUUAGCUAUCUUAUCUAUACAACAUUACAAGAAGAACACAAUUGAGUUGCGUAAAAAGCUUGUAAUAUGUUGCCUUUGUUUUGUUUGUAAAACAUUGUCCAAAUGAAUGUCAGUAUUGUUGGGACAUGUUUGUGUGUGUUAAAAAUUUAUUAAGCAUGUUUUUACACAUGAUGCUGAAACAAACAAAUAUGUACUUUUACAACAAAAAAACAAAACUGUGUUUAAUAAUGUAUAUGUGUGGCAAACUGUGUAUUUACUUACACAUCAUCAAGUUUACAGCAUCAAACAUUAGGAAAUAAAUUUGUCCUGAUUACAGUAAGUUUGUGAGUCUUAAAUAUGAUGGUGCAUCACACAUAGGGACACAUGUAUUCCUCAAGGCUAACAUAUUAUAUGUUGAGGAGUGUUUUUUGGGAACACAGGUUCACAAACUCGACCCUCAGGAACCCACACAGUGCAUGUUUUGC